GCAGUGAAAGGAUUGGAAAAAUAAAUAAUGUUUGUUUGCGUGAGGGAUGGGCUCUUGCAUCUAGUGUUUUUAAUCUGGCUAUAAAUAUUCAUCUUUGAUUGCUUACCCUUUCAAAUAAACUUUCCUUAAGUUAGAAUGGAGUCAAUGUCAUGGAUGGGGUGGUUGUUUCUGUGUUGGCAUUUGUUACUCUUUCAUUUUUCAUCCUCCAAUUCCUUAUGCCAUCCCCAUGACAGUUUUGCCUUGCUCCACUAUAAGAUCUCCUUCACUAGUAUAAAUACUACUACUAGUUAUUAUAAUUAUGCUUGUAAUCAUGUUGAUCAGAAGACUGCAACAUGGGAUUGUUGCUUAUGGCUUGUAAUCACUCAACCUUGCUUUCAAUGACUUCUCCAACUCUCAAUUCUCAUUUAUCUUUGCUGAGUUUGUGAGCCUCACACACCUCAACUUGUCCUCUUCUCACUUUAAAGUCUUGCAGGAACUGGACUAAGGGGAAGCUUGACAGAUGACAUCCUCUGUUUACCAAAUCUUCAACACCUACUACACCUGUCGUUUAAUGACUACCUUCAAGGGCAGCUUCUCUCAAAACCUGUUGACAACACCAAUGGACCAAUUCUCAAGGAACUACCAACUCUAUUACCUUGAUAUUAGUUUCAACUCAAACAUUGGUGGCAUCUCUUGGUCAAUUUGCAAUGAAAGUUUGCUUCAGAGUCUCAGCUUGUCCCACAACAAAUUGACAGGCAUUAUUCCCCGAUGCCUUUCAAACUUAUCAUCCCUUCAAGUAUUAGAUUUACAGAUGAACAAAUUUUAUGGCACUUUACCUUGUACCUUUUCGAAGAAAAGUUUGCUCGGUACUUUGAAUUUCAAUGGCAACCAAUUUGAAGGUCUUUUGCCCAAAUCUGCGUCCAAUUGCACAGAUCUGGAAUUUUUAAAUCUUGGCAACAAUCAAAUUGAGGAUACAUUUCCCCCUUGGCUUCAAACUCUACCAUAUUUGGAAAUAUUGGUUUUGCAAGCCAAUAAGUUGCACGGUCCCAUUCCCAGUUUAAAGACCAAGCAUCCAUUUCGAAGUUUAGUUAGUUUUUAUAUCUCAUCCAACAAAUUCAUUGGCCCAAUACCAAAAGCCUACAUACAAAAUUUUGAAGCCAUGAAGAAUGUCGUCCAAGAUGAAGUGGGUAACAGUUUGCAGGAAUACAUGGAAACACCUAUAAUGAAUGCAACAUACACUGAUUCUGUGACUGUAACAAUGAAAGCCAUUAGUAUGACACUCAACAAAAUUCCAACAAACUUUGUAAGCAUUGAUUUAUCAGGAAACAAAUUUGAAGGAGAAAUUCCGAAUGUUAUUGGAGAGCUUCAUGCACUCAGAGGGCUCAAUCUUUCCCAUAACAGACUAAGCGGUCCUAUUCCCCAAUCCAUGGGAAAUUUGACAAACUUGGAAUCAUUGGAUCUCUCCUCAAAUAUUCUCAUUGGUAGGAUUCCUACAGAAUUAACCGAUUUGAACUUUCUUGAAGUACUCAAUCUUUCCCAUAACCAUCUUGUGGGAGAAAUACCUCAAGGAAAACAGUUCAAUACUUUUUUCAAUGAUUCUUAUGAGGGAAAUUUGGGGUUAUGUGGAGUUCAAUUGUCAAUGAAAUGCAACAAUGGCCGUGAACAACAUUCUCCAUCUUCACCGACCUUGUGGAGAGAAGAGAAAUUUGGAUUUGGUUGGAAACCAGUGGCUAGAGGAUAUGGAUGUGGAAUGGUAUUUGGAGGGGGCAUGGGAUGUUGUGGGUUAUUAAUAGGAAAGCCUCAAUGGCUUGUAAGAAGGGUUGGAGGUCAACUUAAUAAAAAGGUGAAAAAGAAGACAAGGAUGAGAACUCAUGAAAAUUGUAGCAGAAUGAAUUAGUGGAUAUCUGGCAUGGCUGGAGAAUGUCUUGUUGCUCACUUUCCUGUUCAAUUCCAUUUCUGCCUUCUUGGAAAACAAAAACUUAAGGGCAAAAAGCUUAUCACAUUGCAUUGCAGGGGAGAUCUGAUUCAAAUUUUUAUAAUAUGAAUGUCAUAUUUUUCAUUUGGUUUAAUUUGUUUGCCUUCGAUCUUGCAAUUUUGUUUUAUUUUAUAUAUUACUAGCGAUUGUUGUAUACUUUUAAAACUG